AUGAGUAAUAGUGUUAAAAGAAGAGAACAAUUAGAAAAAUAUAUUAAUUUAUUUAAAGAAAUUGGUGAAAAACGUGAUUUAGAAAAUGAAAGAAAACGCAUUAUUAUGAUACCAGCUAUAAUUUCUAUUAUUUUAGUUGUUUGUCAGACGACAAAUACACUUUAUCUUGCCAAUUAUGCUUACAAUGUCCGUCAACUAUAUACUGAAUUUGAUCUAUAUUUUAAUAAUGUUUUAAAUAAUAAUAUAACAUGGCCAAAAGAAAAUAAUAAUUCAUUAUCUAAAACAAUAGAAAGGUUAUCUGAAAUAGAUAUGUAUCAAGAAACAUUAUGGGAAUUAUUUGUUUCAGAAUUUUUAGAAAUUGUAUUUCCAAUUGUAUGUUUAAUUACAUUUGCUUAUGAAAUUACACUAAACAAAAUUGGAAAAGUAAUUAGUUUUAAAAUUUUAGUAAUUUAUAUUUUAUGCCCUAUUUUAACAUUAAUAUUAAGUUUAGCUCAAGCAUGUAUGUUAGCUGUAACAUUAACAAAACAAAUUUUUCCUAUUCGUUAUGUUAUAAAUAAAGUAUCAAAUACAUUAUUAAGUCUUUAUCCACAAGGAAGAAGUAGUUUAGAAAAUUUUUUUAAAUGUGAAUUUUAUGAUACAAUUGAUGAAUUACCACCAUGUUCUGGUCUUUUUCAUGAUCAGGUUAUGCCUAUGUCUGGUAUAAAUUUUAUGCUUGCACUUCAUAUAAUUCCAUUUUUAUGUGGAAUAUAUAUGAUAAUUUAUCAUUUAAAAUCAGAUAAUGUUGAACAUUUAUUUUUACACAUUGAAACAAUAUAUCCUCAAAAAGAUUCAAAUAUUAUUAAUAAUAAUGAAAUACCAAAUUAUCUCAAUAAAGCACUAGGUUCAAUUCAAACAAAGUAUGGAUGA